CUCUGCACGACCCGGAUGUGCAGCCAGCCGAUCAGGGCCUUAGGGUGUUGUUAUGCUCUUCCUUCCCUUUUCAAGGCUUCAAGGUUUCAACUGCAACGCCGGGGUAUUUUAUGCCGCACCACUUUUGCUUGAUGUGACCCCAUGAGUCGAACAUCUUUCCACCAGUAGGAACACAAAUUCCGGCCCCUGGAAUUCCGAAAGAUACCCGGCGAGAAAACAUAUAAUAGCUUGCCUAUAUUCCCUCGCUCAUGGGCAACAUGGGGGCCAUACUUAUCAUAACCUCCAUCUCCUUCUUCUCUCACCCGCCACGUCCAGGUUUCGAGUCAUCAAGACAAGAUGCAGCUUCUAGCCAUCGUUUUUCUCCCCGUUGUUCUAUUCGCCACUCAGGCUGCUGCCGCAACAUGGUAUUUCCUGCGCUAUGACACCCCCUCCGGAGCCAAGUUCACUGCCUUCAGUGGACAAAUGGUCAUCCCAACUCUUCCCAAAGCGGCAGUUUACUAUCUCUGGCCGGGCCUACAACCGACCGACAACAGCGGAGUUUACCAGAAUGUGCUUGACGGACGAAGCGGCACUUGGUGGUUUGGAUCUGGAUGGUGUUGUUCAAACCCUUCGCUACCCUGGGGAGGCGGGUUCAACACGUAUGCGGGAGAGACGAUCAGCUUCUCGAAUGUGUUGAACAGUGAUGGGAGCGGAUGGACUACGACGACGAAAAGGGGCACCAAUGGCUCACCCGUAACCAACACUUUUGCUCUUGCCAGCAAAUCUUUCAACCAAGCUAUUUUUGCCAUUGAACUUUACGAUGUGGCAUGGAAUUUUGGGCCCUUGACAUUCGAAAACGUCAAAAUUGUUGCGACGGGAAGCACGAGCACGGCGUGGUGCACGGGAAAGCCAGCAAACUAUAACUCGGCCACAAAGUAUACCAUUUCCGGAGCGAGGGCAUCAGUGAGCGGUACGACUGUCACUUGCACCAUUGACUCGGUGGUUUUGCAAGGCCCUGCAUGAUAGCAAAGAAUGACGUUCGUUCUCGGAUUCGAGUAUUAUUUGCCCCUUGACAGCCUCACUCAGUCUUCACUCAGGUAAAAGGCCUGGCCUGAUAGCAGGAAGCGGGAACAUCUUCAUCAUGAUUAUUCAUUCAUUCAUGCUAGAGUACAUGGGUACUUCUGCGUACAUUUUUCCACAUUGCAGCAAGAAACCUCCCUCAUCAAUCAUACCUAGAAGGUAGUCAUCGGCCGUUAUUAUUCAUAACACAUUUUUUUCACUAUACCACCAGUACCCUCACAGAGAACAGCUGUGCAGGCCUGGGUCAAUGGGAUGUUGACAUCCACGCUCUUCUUCCCCAAGGCGCCGACGACGGUGAUGUUGGUGAUCUUCACAUCCGUUUUGAAUCCAAAGUCGCCAUUGACAGUCAGAACACCCAAGGCAUACUUAAACUUGAUGUUUGUCACACCCUGUUGCUCCAAGCUGACUCCAUCAUCAAGGUAAAGCUCACCCUCGGCAGUAAGGUCCUUACCGACCGCGAUGAUGAGCUCAAAGUCCUGCUUGCGAAGUUCGGUGGUGGUCAUGGCAGACUUGGCCCGAAGAGGAACGAUGACGCCACCGCGGAGGUAGAGCGGGAUGUCAGUCAAGCUCUGAUCCUUGACAGUGACGGUCCUCCCCUUGCCAUGAACGACGUCAAGGGUGUACCAAUCGUAAAAAAUAUCGUUAGGAAGGUAGACAUCAACGCUGGUCGAGUUCUCCUCAGUGACGGGGGCUACAAGGAGACCGGGACCGUAGAAGUACUGAUGCUG